UGUGUAAUAGUACGGCGAGUACGGCGAACGACAACAACAACAUAUCGGUUGACAGCUUCCGGACGGGCAUCAUCGACGAGUGAUUUGUCGCGAUCUCCUGACUGAAAUUCACGAGUAUCUUUGCAGUAACGACGACGUCUCGGGGGAACACUCCAUAAGCGCCGUGAUGGCGAGGCAAUUGCGAGACACGCCGGAUCCUCUUCCGCGCAGGAGAUCUACAUCGCGGCUCGAAAGCCCACUGGUGAUUCCCGCCAAUUCAACGCCAGAAACGUAUCAUAACAUGAAUGUGAGCACACUGCAAAAUUGGUUGAACAGACUACCCGAUGGCUGGAAUUCACCGCAGAGUCCUGAUGAACUUGUUAUUCAGAAGAGAGGUCGACGCCGCUCCAUAGUAUGGUCUCCUGAUCUCGAUACCUACAAGCGACGUAGUCUGCUUAGUUUGAGUUCCAGAGACCGCACACCAGUCAAAAGUCCGUCAACAUCAAACGCAGCAUUGAGAGAUGUUGCUAGAAAGAGACUAUCUCUUAUUGAUACUCGUCAAUCUGAUUUUGCUACACUGGAGAGUAAGAAAGUAUCGUUGUCCUCUCGAAUGUCAUUAGAUGCUGCAAAUGUGCCAAGAGAGCGAUCCAACGACAACUUAGUGAAGGGUCUACGUGGUCUCAGUCAUGAGCAACUCGUGCAGUUGAUUAUGGAGUUGGUAUACGCGCAGGAUAACAAUACAACGUUGCGCGAGAGCGAAAAGCUUCGUAGUGUCCUUUCCAGGAAGAUGCCAGUUGCAGAUAUUCAGCCAUUGAUAGAAAAAUUAGUUGUCCUGCAACAAAACGUUUAUGCCAGUCUCAUGUUUGUCUCCAAUUUGGCCGAUGAUUCCACAUACAGUCGAGCUUAUAUACAUCUCGAUACAUUUCAGAAAACUUUAAUUGAUCAAGGAAGAAUAUUACAAGAAUCGCAACACUGGAUUUCACUGAUGCGCUAUGCACUAGAAGCAUGGAAAAUUACUAGAGAAUUGCCUGAAUGGAAGAAUAAGGGUUCUCAUAAUAUCACACGAAAAUGUUUUAAGAAUCUGUCGCAGUUUUGUACUGAAGCAAUAAAAAGAGGAAAUUUUGAAAUAUCGACUCUAGAUAUUUACAUUGAAAGUCUCAAAACUAUAGCUGCAGAGUGCGAGGAUUUUCAAAUUUGUCUACAGAUUGCAAAGGAAGGAAAGCAUGAAGUUUAAACCUUCUGUCUAAAAGAUACCACGUAUAUGAUAAUUUUAUUUCAAUAUUUUUUCUACGUAGGCGCGGGAUAACCAAACUAAUAUUGACAUGUAUUUGUAUACAGGAUGAUAUGCAAGAAUUAGCCAGUGCUAGAAAUAACCAGUGAUUAAAAAAAUAACUAGUGAAAUUGUUGCAGAUGUUUUGUUUGCGGAUUUUUAAUAAAUUAAAAAUGAAAGAGGA